AUCAGCAGUUAAAUCUGACAAUAAUGGAAUCAGAAAUUGUGCUUAUUACGCUCAGGUCUCGCUAAAAAAACGUUGUUUUUCAGGCUGGUCCAGCUAGUGCGCAUGCGCGUUCUCGAGUUAACUGACAUGCGAUGUCUGCAUCUAAAAGGUGAUUGGCUCUUUUACAGCCAUACUGGGCGUUCGAAUUUCUUCCAUUCAUUUGAAUACAAGUGGUCCAUCUUAGCCUACUCUCAGCGCUGUUCAGACUGGGUUAAUAACAGUCAUUCGUAAUGACUGGAUAAGACAUUUAUUUUAUAAUGUUAUAGAGAUUUCUAGGGCGUAUAUUCAUGUAUUUGUCACAUAUUAAAUAUUUUGACAUAACAGGUUAAAACGCGUAUACUUUAUAUUGUAUAAAUAUAUUUAGUAAGAAAACCAUCCUGAUAUUUGAAUGCUGUUCUAUGGGGGAUUUCUCUUUCUGAGCCGCCGAGCGCCCCUGCGGGAAGAAACCUGUAUGUCAAGUGGAGCUGGAUCUCAGCAGCCCUGUGCUGCUCAUUCUCGUCGUCUCUAAAACAACAACAUCGCCAUUUUCAGCGCUGGGACGGAGGCGGGGACUCUGGAAAUCUCCCGCGGCACAGCAGAAGUAGGUCAACCAGCAACAUAGCCGAGAUAUACGCUCCCAGACUCCUGAGAAAACGAGAUAAAGCUGAAGAAAUUCAGCUCAUCUGCGUCCAGUGCGUCUGCUCUCAUCCGGUCUGAUGUUUUCAGGUUUGGGUCCGGGCUGACAAUCAGACGAAUAAGCAGGAUUGUAUUUGUUUUUCACUGUUUGCGAGCUGAGCUGAGGUUGUUACAUGCAAAACAGCUUUCUUUUACCCUGAAGAAUGAAAAGGAGGUUGAGUAGAGAUGGGGAGGACAGUACCUCCUCCUGUGAGGGACUGACGGAGACCUGCAAGAGAGUCAGACAGCCAGCUGAAGAGUCUGGAGAGCUGAUGUCCAACUGGGCUCGACUCCCCCAAGAGAUCCUGCUUCACGUCUUUCAGUACCUGCCUCUACUGGACCGCGCUUUUGCCUCGCAGGUUUGCCGUGGCUGGAACCAGGCCUUCCAUAUGCCGGAGCUGUGGAGAUGCUUUGAGUUUGAACUCAAUCAACCAGCCAGCUCUUACCUGAAGGCCACGCAUCCUGAUCUUAUAAAGCAAAUCAUAAAGCGUCACUCCAAUCAUUUACAGUAUGUCAGCUUCAAGGUGGACAGCAGUACAGAAUCAGCAGAGGCUGCGUGCGAUAUCUUAUCUCAACUGGUGAACUGUUCACUGAAGACCCUUGGGCUCAUCUCCACUGCACGACCAAGUUUCAUGCAGUUACCAAAGUCCCACUUCAUCUCUGCACUGACGGUGGUGUUUUUCAACUCCAAGUCUCUUUCGUCUCUGAAGAUUGAUGACACGCCAGUGGAUGAUCCUUCACUCAAAGUUCUGGUGGCAAAUAACAGUGACACACUCAAGCUAUUAAAGAUGAGCAGCUGUCCACACGUUUCUCCUGCAGGUAUUCUGUGUGUAGCUGAUCAGUGUCAUGGUCUGAGAGAACUGGCUCUCAACUACCACCUACUGAGUGAUGAACUCCUCCUGGCACUCUCCUCAGAGAAACAUGUGCACCUUGAGCACCUCCGUAUCGAUGUGGUGAGCGAGAACCCUGGUCAACAGUUUCACACCAUAAAGAAGAGUAGCUGGGAUGCCAUGGUGCGGCAUUCACCCAAGUUCAACCUGGUCAUGUACUUCUUCCUGUAUGAAGAUGAGUUCGGGCCCUUCUUUCGUGACGAGAUUCCCGUCACACACCUCUACUUUGGCCGAUCCGUCAGUAAAGAUGUGCUCGGCCGCGUCGGCAUGAACUGUCCACGACUGGUGGAGCUGGUGGUGUGUGCCAACGGUCUUCGUCCAUUGGAUGAGGAGCUGAUUCGUAUCGCUGAGCGCUGCCAGAACCUGUCGGCCAUCGGACUGGGCGAGUGCGAGGUGUCCUGCAGCGCUUUCGUGGAGUUUGUGAGGAUGUGCGGCCGUCGCCUCUCUCAGCUUUCUAUCAUGGAGGAGGUGCUUAUCCCAGACCACAAAUACAGCGUGGAUGAUAUCCACUGGGAGGUGUCCAAGCACUUGGGGCGUGUUUGGUUUCCAGAUAUGAUGCCUACGUGGUGAAAUACACAUUGGCUAUUUCAAAGGAUCUUUGAAAUUAGCUUUGUCAGUGUGGACUAAAUGGCUUUUUGUGUGUGGUCUCUUUGACAUGUUUCACAGUUAUUGUUGACUUUGUAUAUAGAUUUGAGUUGUUAAGGAAUUUACAUCUUGUUGUAAUGACUGUGGAGUAUUGUAUCAUUGGCAGGUUGGUGCAAAUUUACAUUUGGGCGAAUCUCACAAAAACAUAUUUUCUUUUGAUUUUAGAAUGAAAUAAGAUAUUAUAUUUUGCUUAAAGAAAAGGAAGCCAAUUUUAGGACUCUUAAGAACUUGGGCAUUAUGACAAUUAUGCACAUUUUCCCCCACAAAUUUUCUUAAAGUAUGAUUUUUUUGUUUGUAAUUUCCAUUUUUCUCAGUGAUAUCUCAUUGCUGUAAUAGUAUAAUUUAUUUUACGAUAAUGUACUGUUAUAAAAUAAUUGAAACUGAUUUUUUAAAAAAAAGGCAAUUUUUAACAAUUUUAAAUACAAAAUAGUUUUUUUUUAUUUAAUUCACAUUACAGUAAAGAAUUAGAUUUUUGCAGGAUGGUAAUGAGACAUUUUAUUUGUCAUCAAAAUGUCAAAAAAAUUGCAAAUAUACAUUUUAAGGUGAAAUAUGACUCAGCCGUCUACUUCACCGAUAUCAUGAAAUUCACCCUUUUUCCAUUUUUUUUUUUUUUUUUUAAGAGUCCUCCAUUGGAAUUUUUCGUCAUGAAACUAAGCAGAUGAAAGCUGUACAAGCCAUGCCAUGUAUAUACUGUAUGUAUAAAUAAUAAUAAUACUAAUCCAAGAGGAAAAACAAGUUCAGUUUUGAGCGAAAGCAGAAAACUGUUUUAUUAGUUGAGGUUAUAGUCGAGAGUUAAAGCAGAUAGUCAUCGCUCAUAUAUUUAAAUUCAGAUUUUUAAUGGACUCUUUGUCCUUGUUGAUGCUCAUCUAUCUCUACAUAAUUCACUAUUACAUUACAAUGUAGCGGUUUACAUCAGGGUGUGUUCAAUGGCUAAACGUUGUGCUGUCAAAACCACAGAUGUGGAUCACAUAGUUCAAUGCAUUUACAUGUGGAUUAAGCAAAUUAAUCAUUUUCACAUUAGAGCAAAACUGCAUUGCAUUAAACUUUAAGAUGGUAUUUCACAUUCAGAUCACAAAUUAAUCACAUUUUGUGUAGUUCAUCAUAUUGCUAAGGUGGAUCUCAGUUGGAAUUUCUAAACAGCUCCCUCUAGUAGCAUGAAAAGCCAUAAACCUUUAGUGAGAGUGAGAGAGUGGCUUUCCCUCACUAAUUAGUGGCCUUGCUUGUGUGAUGAAUGGUAAGAUCACCAAAAUCAUAAGUGUGCAAAGCAAAUUUGGUUUGGCAACAAUCUUUGUUGUGUAGCUAUGAACUUGGUUUAUGUAGAUGAUGAACUAUUUUAUAAUGUGAUUAAAACAUUUGUAUAACUAAAUAUAUUUGUUAUUACUGUGCUUUUGUACAAAAAAAAUACAUUUUGUAUGGUGAAUAAUAUGCACCUUAUAUAUACCACAUCUAAAUAUUUCUUUCUGGUGGUUAAGCGAGUAGAAAGGAAACGAUCACUCUUAUUUUGGUGUAGCAAGGAAAUGGGGAUGCUGAAUAACAUAAAAUAGCAUAUUUUAGAAAUCUUGUUGGGUAUGUUUGAGUAGGUCAGACUGGAAUGAAAUGAAAGGAUCAGGGUUUGGUUAACAUUACGCUUUUGUCCUCGAGUGGGGAAAGAAAUUGCAAAUCACUUUUAAGAAUGCAAUGAAUUGUUGACUGGUUUCUAUUUGAUUGCAUAAAGAAAGUUGUGAGAAUUGGCUUUGCAGACAUGAUGAACUAAACAGGAUACAACGAUAUAAUGAAUUUGUUGAUAUGCAUCCAAUGCUUGCAUAGUUGCAAGCUAACGUACAACAUAUGUUAAACUGCCUGCAUUCAAACCCGCCCCUUUAUUUCAGUUCAAUAUGAUUAAGUAUUGGAGUGAAGCAGUUCAAAAGUUUUCCUUUAAGAAGGAAGUCACAUGUGUCUGUAUAUAAAAUGCUGUGUGUUUGAUAUAAAUAGAAAUACUAAUAUCUCUUGCACCCUCUGUCGAGGUUUGAAGUGUUUCUGUGCUGACCUCUUUCAUAUAUGAGUGGGAAUAGUUCCUAGAUGGAUUUUUGUACUCUUGUAAUUAGAUUUGAUCAGUGUAAUUUAUUGAUAUGUUUUUUUAUUAAUCAGCUUAUAUUGAUGGUUUAACUUUGGGUCAUGCUUCUUGUUGAUUUAUAUGCCUAUAAAAAUUAUACUAAAAGUUAAUGACAUGUAAUCGAGUGACAUUUAACUUUAAUUUUUAACUCAUCCAGAAUUAAAGUCGACAUGUAUUAACUUUUGGAAAUUGUUAAAGCACCUAAAUAAAGCAGCAUUCAUUAUGGUAAAUUAUUACAAAAAAGGAAGCGAUAGCCCAGAAGUGGAACAUAUUCUAUCAUUAGAGGUUUAUCAUUAAAAUAACCUAACCUGACAUUUUUUGGGUGCUGUAGAACGUUAACACAAAACCAUUAAAAUUAAGAUCAGAAAACUGCAGUCUGUACAAACAGAGUAGCAGCAAAGCAAGUGCUGAUGUUUUCCUUAGCAAUUGAGCAAAUUGCUUGUGUUGCAAAUUUGGAAGUACCAUAUUUCUUUUGUCAUAAAAACAUGAUUAUAACAUUAUCUGUUGUUUAAAUAAAGAGCGAUCUAAACAUC